UUUCUGUUGCACGACUAAAACAACAUUUGAACGUAGGCCUACACAUUUAGCACCAAAACAAGUUCCUUCCGUAGGCGAUUUUGCAGCGGCAAAGCAUCUUUUCCCGGUCCAAGACGAUUGUGAUUGGUUAAAAGAAAUGCCAAUGAACCAGAGCACGUUUUUCUCCCAUUCCGGAAUGCUGUGUGGACUAGCCAGACCCUCCUCCGCAGCGGUGUACAGGAAGGUCUGGCAAAUAUUGUAGAUAUUGUUUAAAGCAACUACAAGGAACUUUGAUUUUGACGGCCCGUGUGGACCAAAGCGCCACCGCCUUGUGUCGUAAAGAUCUUGAUCUGGCUAGCACGUGCAGGAUAUAGUGAUGAGCAUGUGUUUGAUACAGAGUCACCAUCAGACUGGAACAAAAGCCAAAUCAAACAGCACCAAGCCAUUUUGCUGAUAUGUAAAUCUACCUCAUUUGGGUAUCAAAGACUUGCCGCACUCUGCACAUUUUGUUAAUCAAUAAAUACUUUGAUGGGGCUGCAGCAGAGAAUGAGGUUUACAGUGCAUCCAAAUGGGGAAGAUUACAUUUUUUGAGGAGAAGAAAUUCCAGGGCCGCUGCUAUAACUGCAGUAGCGACUGUGCCAACCUGCACACGUACUUCAGCCUCUGCAACUCCAUCAGGGUGGAGAGCGGUGUGUGGGUGAUCUAUGAGAAACCCAACUACAAGGGUUUCCAGUACAUCCUCAGCCCUGGGGAGUACGCUGACAGCCAGCAAUGGAUGGCCUUCAGCGAAAACGUGAAAUCCUGCCGCCCCAUAAAGAAUGCGUAUGGCAGUGCGUGGAAGCUGAGGCUGUACGAGAGGCCAGAAUUCGGAGGACAGAUGGUGGAGUGCUCCGACGACUGUCCUUCAGCGUACGAUACCUACAAGCUGCGCGAGGCUUACUCCUGUGUGGUGACCGAUGGCGCCUGGGUGUUGUACGACCUCCCCAACUACAGGGGGCACCAAUACCUGCUAGAGCGAGGCGAGUACCGGCAGCACGGCGACUGGGGGGCAGCCUUGCCUGGUGUCGGCUCCUUCCGCAGGAUCACAGAGUUUUAACCCUACCUCAGCUUUAGCCUCGACCAGGAAAGGGAUCAAGACCUUUCCAAAUGCCCACACACUCACUCAACACCAUCAAUAAAUGAGAAGCAAAACACU